AUGUCUGACCAAGAUAAAUUGUCCCAGGACUUCAACAAGGCGUCGUUGAACGACGAGUACGGCCAGGGGUACAACCCGCAGGCGCUGCUGUUUGUCCCCCAAGGUGGUUACCAGGGCUACGACGGCUACCAGCAAGGCGGCUACGGCGACUACAACCAGUACCAACAGGGCGGCUACCAGGGCGGCUACCAGCAAGGCGGCUACCAGCAAGGCGGCUACCAGGGCGGCUACCAGCAAGGCGGUUACCAAGGUGGCUACCAGGGUGGCUACAACCAAUACCAGCAGGGCGGCUACGGCGGCUACCAGGACUACUACGCCCAGCAGCAACAGCCCCAGGGGAUGUCGCUUGCCGAUUUCCAAAAGCAACAAGCCGACAGUGCCAAGAGCUUGAACAAGCCCGCGGCUCCCAAAAAGAAGUUGACGUUGUCGUCGCUGUCGGGGAUCAAAUUGGCCAAUGCUAAGAAGCCCGAGCCGAAGAAGGAAGAGGCUAAGGCUGAAGCUAAGGACGAAGCUAAGGCUGAAACCAAGGCUGAAACCAAGGCUGAACCCGUUAAGGCUGAACCUGAAGUGAAGGAAGAGGCGAAGAAGGAGCUGACUCCCGCGGCCACUCCUAAGGCGGCGGCUACUUCCGCUGCUGCCACGCCCAAGGAGCUGACCCCUGCUCCUGCGGCUAAGCCCAAGGCUGCUGAGCCUGAAGACGUCGUUGACGAGGAAAUUGUCAAGGAAAUGUUCGGCGGGAAGGACCACUUGUCGAUCAUGUUCAUGGGCCACGUCGACGCCGGGAAGUCGACGAUGGGGGGCAACAUUUUGAACUUGUGCGGCGCCGUCGACAAGAGAACGGUCGAGAAGUACGAGAAGGAGGCCAAGGACGCGGGGAGAACCGGGUGGUACUUGUCGUGGAUCAUGGACACCAACAAGGAAGAGAGAUCCGACGGUAAGACCAUCGAAGUGGGUAAGGCUUACUUUGAAACCGACAAGCGUCGUUACACCAUCCUCGACGCCCCGGGGCACAAGAUGUACGUGUCGGAGAUGAUUGGCGGUGCGUCGCAAGCCGACGUCGGGAUCUUGGUGAUCUCGGCGAGAAAGGGGGAAUACGAAACUGGGUUCGAAAAGGGCGGUCAAACCAGAGAACACGCGCUUUUGGCCAAGACCCAGGGGAUCAACAAGAUCGUGGUGGUGGUCAACAAGAUGGACGAUCCCACCGUCAACUGGUCCCAGGACCGGUACAACGAGUGCACCACCAAGUUGGUGCAGUACCUCAAGGGGAUCGGCUACCGUGCCGAAGACAUUGUGUGCAUGCCGGUGUCCGGGUACACUGGUGCCGGGCUUAAGGACAGAGUCGGCAGCGCCUGCCCUUGGUACACCGGGCCCCUGUUGCUCGAGUUCUUGGACAACAUGCCCACCGAACACAGACAGAUCAACGCCCCGUUCAUGAUGCCGAUCUCGGGGAAGAUGAAGGACAUGGGGACCGUCGUCGAAGGUAAGAUCGAGCUGGGCCACAUCAAGAAGAACCAGACGCUCGUGAUGAUGCCCAACAAGACGUCGGUGGAAGUGAUCACCAUCUACAACGAAACCGAACAAGAAGCGGACUCGGCCUACUGCGGCGAACAGGUGAGACUCAAAUUGAAGGGGGUCGAGGAAGAAGACUUGUCCCCCGGGUACGUGUUGACGUCGCCCAAGAACCCGGUGAAGACCGUCACCCGUUUCGAAGCGCAAGUGGCCAUUGUCGAGCUUAAAUCGAUUAUCUCCAACGGGUUCUCGUGUGUGAUGCAUUUGCACACUGCCAUCGAGGAAGUGAAGUUGGUUGAAUUGAAGCACAAGCUUGAGAAGGGCACCAACCGAAAGCUGAAGAAGGCGCCGGCGUUCGCCAAGAAGGGGAUGCGGGUGAUCGCGGUGUUGGAAACGACUCAGGCAGUGUGUGCCGAGACCUACAAGGAGUACCCGCAAUUGGGGAGAUUCACCUUGAGAGACCAGGGCCAGACCAUCGCCAUCGGCAAGAUCACCAAGCUCUUGUAA